AUCUAUUUUUAGUUCUUCCAAAAAGAGGUGGCGCUUUUUGGUACUGUUAGAGCAAGUGGGUGUGUUUUUCUGCUCUGCUUGUUGGCUAUAAAUGAACAACGGUGAGGUAUAGUGUCGUAUCACUUUUCACUUAGCUCUUUUCUCCUGGCGAUCAGAGUUCAUAGAUAAAGAUGAAUUUCUUGAGCGGUAUAAUAUGUCUUUGCCUCACUUGGCUCUUAAUCCAGGCCUUGCGUGUAAUUUCAAGAAGCAAAGCAAUCCCCAAAAGGCUUCCACCAGGUCCAAAACCUUUUCCAUUGAUUGGAAACCUCUUAGAGCUUGGUGACAAACCCCACAAGUCCCUGGCAAAACUUUCCGAGGUCCAUGGUCCCAUAAUGAGCCUAAAACUAGGCCAAGUAACCACAGUAGUCAUUUCUUCAGCAGCUAUGGCCAAAGAAGUCCUUCAAAUACAUGACCAACACUUGUCUAAUCGAACCAUCCCAGAUGCAAUCCGAGCCAAAAGACAUGACGAGUUUAGCUUGCCAUGGAUACCUGUUUCAACCCGGUGGAGAAACCUUCGCAGAAUAUGCAUGGAACAAAUAUUCUCCAACAAGACUCUUGAUGCUAACCAAGCUAUCAGACACAUGAAAGUGCAAGACCUCCUAGCUGAUACUCAUCAAAGCAGCCUAAACGGUGAGGCAGUAGAUGUUGGGAGAGCUGCUUUCAAGACCACGCUUAAUCUAUUAUCAACCACCAUUUUUUCGGUGGAUUUGGCUGACCCAAAUUCUGACACGGCUAGAGAGUACAAGGAGAUCGUUUGGAAUAUCAUGAAAGAGAUUGGGAGACCAAACUUGGCUGAUUAUUUUCCAGUGUUAAAAAAGAUGGACCCCCAACGCGUAAGGCACCGUUUGGCAGUUCACUUUGGAAAGAUUUUAGAGCUCUUUGACCGCAUGGUUAGCCAACGGCUCCACUUGAGAAAAGUGUGUGGUUCUAACACGAACAAGGAUGUGUUAAAUACUCUUCUCAACAUCAGUGAAGAGAACAGUGAGGAGAUGGACAAAACUAAGAUAGAGCGUUUGUUCCUGGACCUAUUUGUUGCGGGCACUGAUACAACUUCAGCCACGCUAGAAUGGGCAAUGGCAGAGCUACUCCACAACCCAGAGGCAUUGUCAACAGCCAAAGCAGAGCUAGAGCAAGUAAUUGGCAAAGGUAACCCAGUUCAAGAAUCAGACAUUCCUCGGUUACCUUACUUACAAGCAAUAGUCAAAGAAACAUUGCGGUUGCAUCCAGCAGUUCCUUUCUUACUUCCUAGGAAAGCCCAAGUAGACGUAGAAAUCAGUGGCUACGUUAUCCCAAAAGGUGCACAAGUGCUAGUGAAUGCAUGGGCUAUAGGACGAGACCCGAGGUCAUGGGACAACGCAAAAUCAUUUAUGCCAGAAAGGUUUUUAGGGUCAGAAAUUGAUGUUAAAGGGCUGAACUUUGAGCUAAUACCAUUUGGUGGUGGAAGAAGAACAUGUCCUGGUUUGCUACUGGCAAUUCGAAUGUUACAUUUGAUGUUGGGUUCGCUCGUGCAGGCAUUCAAUUGGAAACUUGAAGAUGGGGUUAAACCUGUUGACAUGGACAUGGAUGACAAGUUUGGCAUAACCUUACAGAGAGCUCAUCCUCUCAGAGCUGUCCCUAUUCCAGUGUAAAAAUGGUUGAAGAAUUUACAUAGUUGCAGCUGGUUGUAUAGUCGAUUAAAUUACUACUGGCCCCUACCCCUACAGUACAAUGUUAAUCAAAUGGGUCACGGGUGAUUAUGUUUUUGUUGUUUUCUUUUUUCUUUUUUUUUUGGAAAAAGGUUAGUAGUUUUUUUUAUUAAUGUAUCAAAUAAUGCAACAUUCAAUUCACUAAA